AAAGAAAUCGCAUUAUCGAUUAACUAACCUCUAACCUAGACUUUACAAGUAAUUCUAGGAGCUAACAAGUAUAGCUUCGUCUGCAUUCAAUUUUGUAGACAAAAGUUACAGCGUGAGAGGCGAUUUUAUAUAACUUAGAAACGCCUUAUAUUCUGCAAGGUCUCAGGCAGAUUUGCAUCACACAAAUAUGCCAGGUCGGCAAGCCCACGGACGACCCGUCAGCGGCGGCGGCGGCGGCGGCGGCGGCGGCGGUGCAAGUACCAACAGCAAAGGCAAGAGGAGGUCAAAAUCGAAAGCCAACAAGAAGGCUCUGAACGCAUUCGCCAUCGCAUCCGAAGAGUAUGCCGAUCGCCAGAAGCGUACGCCCCGCAACCGCGAGCUUGAUGUACCUCUAAGCGGUGGUGGGGGUGGCAAGCAUGCCAGAGACGACGAUGACGACGACGAUGAAGAUGAAGACGAGGACGAGGGUCCGCCUAGAAAGAUGCGGCGAGGUGCCGACCGCGACGAAGAUGUCGAAUAUGGCAGCGAUAGCAGCGGAAACGAAUGGCGAGUUGGUGUCGACGAAGAUGACGACUCCGAGAUAGAAAGUGACGACGCCUUUGGGGAGAGCGACGAGGAGCGCUUUGAGGACUACACUUUUCGUGGAAGUAAAAAGAAGCAGAAGAAAAAGAACGAUGAUGAGGACGACGAAGAUAGCGAUGAAGACAUUGGCGAUGCUGACGGCGCUUCUCUCGGGUCUGACGCCAUUGACUUAGCUGCUGCCUUGGAUAUGUCUAUGUCAGAAGAUGAUGGAGAACCUGGAGCUGAUGAAGAGUCUGGCUCUGAUGAAGAGGAAUCUGACGACGACAACGAAGCAUCCGGCAACGAGUCUUCUGACGUUGAGGGUGAUGACGAUGAUGAAGUAUCUGAUUCUGGGAUCAACGCAUGGGUUUCUCAAUUUUCUGGGGUCAAAGAUACGGAUGACCAAGAUGUUGCGCCAACCAAGAAGCCUAAGAUCGGAUUAAAAGAUCUAGGCUUACUAGGGAUCAAAGAUCCGCAAUUGAAGAAGUCCCUUAAGCUUAUGACAAAAGAGGAAAAAUCUAGCAAGCCGCAGAAACUAGACGUUCCCCUCGCGAGACGCCAGCAGGAAAAGCUAGACCGCAGCGUCGCAUACGAAAAAACAAAGGAAUCUUUGGACCGCUGGACCGAAACUGUGAAGCACAACAGGAGAGCAGAGCAUCUUGUCUUUCCACUGCCGCAGACGGAGACUGGUCUUGCCAAACAUAACAACAGUGAAAUCCAACCGCUGAAUCGCAAAGCUCCAGGAACAGAAUUGGAAAGGACUAUCCUUGCGAUUAUGGAAGAAAGCGGUCUAGGCCCAAGUACUAAGAAAGAGGCCAAGGAGGCAGAAGAUCUAGAAUCUGCAGAAGCCGAUGGUUUAUCAGGAAAUAACCUCAAGGCCCUGUGGCAGGAGAAGCGUCGCGAAAGAGAGCUCAAGUCUCGAGAGGACGCAAGAGCGAAGCGUAUCAAGAAGAUUAAGAGUAAGGCCUACCAUCGUGUACACCGAAAACAAAAGGAAAGAGACGAGAUGAAGGAACACGAAGCUAUGGUUGCAGCUGGGGAGAUUGAUUCAGAAGAUGAGCGCGAGGCCCAGGAUCGUCAGCGAGCUAUGGAAAGAAUGGGCGCUCGGCACAGAGAGAGCAAGUGGGCUAAAAUGAGUAAUAAAAAUAGACGUGCUGCAUGGGACGACGACGUUCGAAUGGGCAUAGCUGAUAUGGCCCGGCGAGACGAGGAGCUACGCCGCCGUAUCGAAGGAAGACCAGCAAAGGGAAAUGAUGACUCGGAUGAAGGCUCUGACUACUCGGGCGACUCGGAUGAUAUUGAUGAGCGGAAGAGACUACUUAAACAGCUCGACAAUGUGUCCGAUGAUGACGAUGCACCCAAGUCGAAACUGAUGAAUAUGCAAUUCAUGAAGAAGGCCGAAGCAGCUAAGAGGAAAGCCAAUGACGAACUAAUAGCCGAAAUACGGCGCGAUCUAGCCUCAGAUGACGAAGCAGCUGCAAACUCUGACGAUGAACCUGCGGACAUUGGCCGACGAACGUUCGGUCAGCCAUCAGGAAGCAAGUCAGAGAAGGCCAGCGAGCAGUUCAUCAAGGUUGGGAAGAAAGGCAAGGCAGAAACUGCGGAUCUUCAGGCGGCCAGAGAGAAUAUCGCGGCCACAAAGUCUGGUCGAUCACAAGGUCUUUCAGCCCCGAUAUCACAAGACGUGAACGCAGAUUCUAUAGCGGGUGCUUGGAGUCAACCUACGGUGGCAGGGCCUCCAAGGAAACAAAGGGGCAAGAAGACUGGAUCUGGCGCGGAAGUGCUGGAGAUCGGUAUUGACUCUGUGGCCGUAGCUGCAUCGGCAAUUCCCGCUAAGAAACCCCCCAAGCCGAGUAAGAAGCAGCAAACGGCCGCGGAUGGGGACAACUCUUCGGACGACGAGACAAGCCAUCUGCCUAUCCAAUUCCGCGAGCAGGACCUCAUCGAGAAAGCUUUCGGCGGGCUAGACGUGGUAGCCGAGUUCGAGCAAGAAAAGGCAGCGAUCGAAGAGGCAGACGACGACAAGAUCAUCGAUAACACGCUUCCCGGCUGGGGCAGCUGGGUCGGCGACGGCGUCAGCAAUCGCGAGAAGAAGCGGCACCAGGGACGGCUCCUUACGAAGCAGGAGGGCGUCAAGAAGACGGACCGUAAAGAUGCGGGGAUGCAGAACGUUAUCGUCAACGAGAAGAGGAUUAAGAAGAACGAUAAGUUCAUGGCUUCCCAGCUGCCGCACCCUUACGAGUCGAGGCUGCAGUACGAGCGCGCGCUGCGGCUCCCCGUCGGCCCCGAGUGGAUGACCAAGGAGACGUUCCAGGAGGCGACCAAGCCGAGGAUAUUGAUGAAGCAGGGCAUUAUCGCGCCUAUUAUGAAGCCUACGCACUAGGAUAUACGGUGGUUUGGGUGAUGUGAUGUAGCGUUGAUGGCGCUUGUAUAUACCUACAAGGUAUCUAAAUUAGGCUAGGGGUUUUCAAAUCUAUAUGGAUGGAUGGUAUUGCUAGAGGUGAAAUAUCAUGGUGGCGGGCUAUUCAAAAGAAAAGAAUAGAAUCAUAGAGCUUGUUGGUCUCUUAUGAACUUUGUAUAGGUAUGCUAUUCGUUUGGCUAUAAAUCUGUAAUGAGUUCCUUAGACCACCUCACAAAUUAGAGGAGUAGCAGCGCCGGAACGGGAGUGAAAAUACUAAGAAGGCUAUGUUCAUAUUCAUCUUCUAGUCUUCCUUAUGAAUACGGAAUGCUAG